UCUCAUCCCUCAAACAAUCCUUCAAAAUGGGUGCCUACAAGUAUUUGGCCGAGUUGGCUAACAAGAGGCAAUCCGAGGUCUCCCAAUUCUUGAGCCGAGUCUCAUGCUGGAACUACCGACAGCUCGCCGUCAUCCACCGAGCUGCCCGACCCUCUCGACCUGACAAGGCCAGGCGAUUGGGAUACAAGGCCAAGCAGGGUUACGUCGUGUACCGUGUCCGAGUCAGGAGGGGUAACAGGAAGAAGCAGGCCCCCAAGGGUGCUACCUACGGUAAGCCCGUCAGGCAGGGUAUCAACCACCUCAAGUCUCCCCGAGGCUUGAAGGCUACUGCCGAGGAGCGUGUUGCCCGAAGGUGUGGUAACCUCCGAGUGCUCAACUCCUACUGGGUCAACCAGGACGGUGUCUACAAGUACUUUGAAGUCAUCCUCGUCGACCCCUCCCACAAGGCUAUCCGCCGAGACGCCAAGAUCAACUGGAUCGCCAACCCCGUCCACAAGCACCGAGAGACCCGAGGCCUUACCGCCGAGGGCAAGAAGAACCGUGGUCUCGGCAAGGGUUCCAAGCACAACCACAACCCCAAGAAGGCUACCUGGAGGAAGCACAACACGUACGUCUUUCUCGCUCUUCUUCUUUUUUGGCGUGGGUGGAAGCUGAUGAAUGUGAUAGCCUUUCUCUCCGACGAUACCGUUAAACAGCUCGAUAGUUCGCGUACGAUGCCUACGGUCGUGCGGUGGAUUGUUUGGUGUUUGGGGAUCCGAGUCUUUUAGGAUUGAGGGAUGCAUUUCUAUCCCGCG